AUGCAACAAGCUGCCGCCGGGCUCCCACCUCAUCAAUUCGCUGCACUUCUUCCAAUUGCCUUCGCGAACCUUGCCAGUCAACCAGAUCCAUCUUCUCCAUUGCAUUCUUUGUGUCUACAGCAUGUUCUCUUCUUUGUAUUCCAUCAUUUCCCGGACAACAUUGUCAAUGGGCUUGAUUUGGCGUUGGAAGGAUGUAACACUAAUUCAACACCUGCUUCACUUUUGGAUGCUAUCGUUGAUAAAUUGGAAGCAACGGAUUACUUGAAGAAGAAGAGCUCGUUCGACCUAGGAGCUGCCAAAGCCGAUGAAUGUGCCAGUGUUCUAUCAAAGAGACUGGAUGAAGCGAGAACAAAACUUCCUAAUUUCUAUGGAAUCUGGUCUCGAUACUUGGAUUCGAUAACUCGUCUGGCUCAACUAUUCCUCUUCGUCCCUAUUCGAGAUGGAUAUGAGCCUAAUCAAGCGGUUUCAAUUUUGCAGCGAGAAUGUUACGAGUAUUUCGCUCGAGUUGCUGCAGUAUUCUCUCCUCUUAUUGCACCGUACUCCCCAACGCAUCCUCCAUUCUCACCGUCCCACGAAACUCAGGCAAUGCUAGUUUUGGAUCGAUUUGUUGAAUUCCUUUCUGCGCUUCAUUACAACUCGAGUAUCCCGCCAGGAAUGCAGAAUAUUCAAUCUCUCGUAUGGCAGUUCUAUUGCGAGAAGCUCUCCAUGCUGACGCAUGGAACUGAACACUACUACGGUGUCAUCGAAAGACAAUUGGUCCGGUUGAACUGGCAAGCGUUGUGGCCAUCAAGACUAGCUAUAACUGCGAUGGAGACUUGUCUGGAUACUAGAUCUAAGGAUUGUGCCUCUUUUGUAUCCCAGAUUGUAGUAAGGAUCCCAUGGAACAGCAUUCUACAAACAAUGCACGAAGACAGUCGAACCAGUUAUAUGGCUUCACUUUUUGGAGUUCUUGUUCGACUAGCUUCACGAGCUGGGAACUACGAUAAAGUGCGAGCUUCAUUACUUGAACUGACGAAAUCUUUGUCUCUUCGACAAGACUGGAACAUUAUAAGCUUGGAAGACGCAUCGAAUAUAGCAAUGGCUGUUACAAAAAGUCUGCCAUCAGAUUCUCUGUCUCAUCCCAUCGAAAUAGUGUCGGUUAUUCAAGUUAUAUGGAGGAAGAUUUGCUGUUUCGUUGCUCGUGAACCGUACUCGGAAGUGUCUCUACAGAAACAAAAACUCUGGAUGCAAACAGAAUGCGCGCUUCUACUCGAAGCGGAUUCAACUCAGAUUCCUGCUGCCUACAACUCACUGGUCUCGGAUGUGAAUGCGUUGGCUGUCAAUCACUCGAAUCUACGCGAAUUCCGGGUUGUGACCAGAGAAUUGACAGCAAUGUGGAAGAACAUCACCGAUACGAAACUCGGAGAAUCUCUUGUACGCCUGUGGACUGAAUAUCUUCUAACGAAUCCAAGUUCUCCGUUAGUAUUGACUUCAGUCAAUACGGUCAUCGAUUCAUUGAAUGCAGAUCAGCUGACAACUGCAUUAAAAGUUAUUGAGAAAAUCAUUAGGGCAUAUUUUUUGAGAACAGACAGUAACUGGACAGAAUUGAUGCACUGGAUACAGUUUCCAAAUGGAAGUCUGAAAUCUAUUAAAAGUUAUCUCAUGACAGUUCCAUCGUCGGAAAACAAAGUCCAAAUGCUUCCACUGACUUUGCGGGUUUUCAUGGAUUACGGUGGUUCUGAUGAUAACAAAUUCUUCGAUUUGCAUUAUUAUGUGGUCAGCAUCCGUCCGAAGCAUGUGACCUCAGAACCCGGUUUCAUGUGCCUCCUGGCUCGUUUGAUUCAAUGGAUUGCUCAUCGCAGCCCGACACUUCCGGCACACUUUGCUCCAACAGACGAUCUUCUUCCGCCUCUCAUACGGUUUCUAGGAAAAGCUUCAAAAGACGAAUCGAGUUUUCUCACUGCCUUGAUUAGCAGCAAAAAGACAUCUCACUCUCCAAAAUCAGAAUUUUUGAAAAACGCAUUUUCCUGCAGAAUCCUCAAAAUUCCCUCCGAAACAAUUGGGUAUUCUCGAAUUAAACUGAAUGCGUGUGGUGCUUCAAAUCUUGGAACUUACCUUACUCAACAAACCCUCGGAGAAGGAAAACGACCAAGAUGCGACGCAAAUUCACCGGUUCUCAACUCACGGAUCACAACAUUAAAAGACCUUGCUCAACAGAAGUCAAAUCAAAACAUGAGUAACGCAUUCAACAAAGCGACCGCCUAUUUCGUCCAGAUUGACACCUAUCACAUCGGGUCGUCCUCGAAAUUACUCCUCGAAAUUGGACGGGCCGCUUUCGGAGAUCGCUUUCUCAGUGAUGUAUAA